UUAAAUCCUCACAAUAUUAUCCAAAAUGAAAAUUUCUACGACUAUUCUACCAAUGGUUAUCCUGGUUGGGUUCUUUUACCUUCAACGAGCAGAUGCUCAAAUUGUCUUGCCAGGAAUUUGUCCUCAGUACCCGGUCGUGCAGAACAUCGACGUGGAACGAUACCUUGGGUUGUGGUACGAGAUUAAGCGAUACGAACAAUUCUUCCAGCUUGACGGCGAAUGUGUAACGGCUCAGUACUCCAUCAACGAGGAAGAUGGAAGUGUUCGCGUCUUCAACAGCAUGGUUGUGCUUCCGAAUCAAGAACGUCAAUCGGAUAUUGGCCGAGCUGUGGUCGCUUUCCCAGAUGAAGUUCCCCUUCAAGCUAAGCUGAACGUUACUUUCGAUGCUGCGGCUGAGGUGUCCGCGAACUACUGGGUCCUGGAUACGGAUUACGACAACUUUGCCGUCGUUUGGGGAUGCUUCCAGCUGCCUCCCAACGAACAGGGACCCAGGCGUGCCGAAAAUGCUUGGAUCCUGUCUCGGGAGUAUCGGCUGGAUCUUGAUGUCAUACAAGCGGUGGAGAACAAAAUUGCUCUCUUCUUGGAUGCCUCGCAGCUGCGGGAAACCAAGCAGGAUCCUCGAACGUACGUAUUAGCAAGUGACAAUGGCUCCAGAUCGGCAUCAGAACCGCUUGAUUUCAUCAUCAUCUACUAUCAGAAUGUCGGUGGUAUGAAUUCCUGCGUGACUGAUUAUCUGCUCGCUACUUCAUGUUCCGGCUACGAUAUUAUCACCUUCACCGAAACAUGGUUGAACGAUCACACUCUCUCGAAACCAGAUCUUUGGAUCCGAUUAUUCAGUGUUCCGCUGCGAUCGAAGCUCCCUAACGUUCAGCUUAGCUUGAAGGGGAACUUCAUCUGGAAAAGCGACCACAGCUCGGCCAAUAUCCGAUUGACGUUCCUGAUUCGGGAGCACAACCAUGCUGUUGAAGACGCGAACACUUCCAUCUUCCUCGUUGAUGGAGUACUGAGCCGUUACACAUUCGCCGUCAAGCUGGAAGAACUGUUCGUAUCGCUUAAUCUCGUACCACAACCCAAGGUAUCGUUCCACGUCGAAAUUCUGCACGACCGGGUACUGAGGACAAAUUCCUGGCGAGACAAUUUGGGCUGCUGUUGGUUGGAAGUAGAGAAAUCCAACCAGGAUUACCAGAGUUGCAUUUUGCUUGCGCUUUGCUGCCUCCAGUUGGCAGUGGGGCAGGUUAUCAUGCCCGGCGCUUGUCCUGAGCAUCCAGUGGUACAAAAUUUCGACGUUGAACGAUAUCUGGGCCUGUGGUACGAGAUCAGACGAUACGAACAGCUUUUCCAACGGGAUGGCGAAUGUGUCACGGCUCAGUAUUCGGUCAACGAAGAAGACGGAAGUGUCCGAGUCUUCAACAGCAUGAUGGAACCUCCGGUGCAACAACGACAAUCGGAUAUUGGCCGAGCUGUAGUCGCAUUCCCAGAUCAAAGGCCGCUGGAAGCCAAGCUGAACGUUACAUUUGGUGACACUGGAUUGGACAUUAGUGCCAACUACUGGGUCCUGGAUACGGACUACGAUAACUAUGCUGUAGUUUGGGGAUGUUUCCAACUGUCACCGAUUUUGCGAGCCGAAAAUUCAUGGGUUUUGUCCAGAAGUCCUAGGCUUGACGUCAGUGCCAUUCGACCUGUACUGGAUAUCCAACGGCGUUAUCUGGAUGAGGAACUUUUCCGCCCAACUCGACAGGAUCCUCGAUUCUGCUGCUCUGUUGAACCUGAUGUAACCACGCACUUGCCCUGUUCAGUGCCGCGGCCUUAGUUGCUAGGCUCUUUUCGUGAUCUGAAAUUACUAGAUGCUUAUACUAGAUGGAAUCUAAUGACAAGUCAUU